AUGAAGUUUAGUAUUUCGCUUGUGGCGUGUCUUUCGCUUAUUUCCGCCGCUCUCGCUGCCGACUCCGUUUACGUUGGUAAUGACGAGUAUGUCAAUUUUGGAUUAGUUGGGUAUGGUUUUGCUCCCGGUGACUCCGUUGAUAAGUACAAAGACACCAUUUCUUUUGGUUCCUCGGUUGCUUUGCAAGAGCCUUCGUUGUCCGUUUCCAACGGAGUCUACAGCUUCGUUACCUACAAUCUUCCUGAUAGAGGAUGGAACACCAAUGGUACUUUGAACUUUGUUCCUAGAAUCCAUAAGUACGGUGCCAAGUUCACCCCAUUGAACAGUUCUUCCUCGCAAAAUCUGGUCUGGGACUACCAGGACACCAUUUUGUUGAAAGAUUUCAACGGAGACUUCAUGACUGGUCUGGAUUGCAACACCACUCUCGAGCAAAACGGCUACACUCUGCCUGCCUCUGCUUUUGUUGGAAACGGCUUUGGAGCAGAUCUCGACUCGGGAAAAACCACUACCUACGUUUGCUUGGACCCUGAGGCUCUUAGAUUGGUUGAGGGUGACAUCAACAACGGCUUCUGGAUUACCGACGAGUACGGCCCUGGCUUGUACAAGUUCGACUCCAACGGAACUCUGAUCGACUUCACUCUGCCUCCAGAUGCAAUUGUUCCUUACAGAAACAACGAGCAGUCGUUCAAUGCCGAUUCUCCUCCAAUUUACGAGACCUACGACACCGGGGACCCAGACUCCGGAAGAGCAAACAACCAAGGUUUCGAGGGUGCUGCUCUUUCUCCUGACGGAAAGUAUCUUUUCGCUCUGUUGCAAUCUGCUGCUAUGCAAGAAGGUGGAAACAAAAAGUACACCAGUUCGAACGCCAGAAUGGUCAAGUACGACGUCAGUGGGUCCACUCCUACUCUGGUUGGCGAGUACGUUUUCCAGCUACCAACUUACAACGAUCCUGACUACAGCGACGACAAGAACCCAAGAACCGCUGCUCAGUCCGAAAUCGUUUACGUGACCGACGAGAUCUUCCUCGUUCUUGCCAGAGAUAGCAACCACGGUAGAGGCCAGUCCAACACCGCGUCUAUCUACAGACAUGCUGACAUCUACUCGAUUGCCAACGCGACCAACGUUGCUGGCAAAUACGACGGAGAAGGCGACAAGAUUGCUUCCAAGAAGGGAAAUCUGGACUCCGAUAUCACUCCAGCCAAGUACUACUCUUUCCUCAACUACAACAACGAGACUGAGCUCCAGAAGUUCGGCCUCCACAACGGUGGCGAGGACGACUACACUUUGUUGAAUGAGAAAUGGGAAGGUAUCACUUUGGUUCCAGUCCAAUGCACCACUGACGAGUAUUUCUUACUUACUGUCUCGGAUGACGACUUUAUCACCCAAAACGGAUUCAUGAACUUCGGCCAAUUCCCAUACAAGGAUAGUUCUGGGUUCAAUCUUGACAACCAGGCUUUGGUGUUCCAUGUCAAGCUUCCAGGACUCACCCACGAUAAGGUGUGUCCAUCCAGCUCUGCUGUGCCAUCUGCUUCUUCCUCCAAAGCCAGCUCUGCUGUGCCGUCUUCUUCGUCCUUUAAAGCCAGCUCUGCUGCACCAUCAGCUACGUCUUCUGCGAAGUCGUCUGGUACUUCCUCCUCCUCUGCGAAGUCCACCACCGCGCCUACUUUCUCGACCGUUGUUUCUAGAUCUUCGCUAGGCUACUCCAACUCCAGCUCCACUGGCGCAACCACUGGCACUGGAUCGACUGAUGCCACUCUUACCACGCUCCCAUCUGGCGCCUCCACCGAGGUGCGCACCACCGUGAUCGACGGAACCACCAUCACCGAGACUUGUCCUUGCUCCAAGAUCACCGGCUCCACAUCUGCUCCAGGAUCUGGCUCCUCUUCCACCGAGUUUGCAGUCUCGACUGCAAGUGACAUCGCUGCGACUCUCAAGGCCAGCGUCGUCGGUCUUUUGCCGCUCUUUGUGGCCCUUUUGUAA